CUUCAUCACCAUCAAGGUGAGUGAGAUUACGUGUUAAAGCCACACAGAGACUUGGUGUCUGAAACUCAAAGCCUUUUUUUAUACUCUUUUGACAGAUUAGCAUCAGAAGAUGGAGAUCACAAACGUUACAGAGUAUGAAGCUAUUGCAAAGGAGAAGCUGCCUAAGAUGGUAUACGACUACUAUGCGUCUGGUGCAGAGGACCAAUGGACUCUUAAAGAAAACAGAAACGCUUUUGCAAGGAUCCUCUUUCGUCCUAGGAUUCUGAUUGAUGUGAGCAAGAUUGAUAUGACAACAACCAUCUUGGGGUUCAAGAUCUCCAUGCCCAUCAUGGUUGCUCCUACUGCCAUGCAAAAGAUGGCUCACCCGGAAGGGGAAUAUGCUACUGCUAGAGCUGCAUCUGCUGCUGGAACCAUCAUGACCCUUUCUUCAUGGGCUACUUCCAGCGUCGAAGAAGUUGCUUCCACAGGGCCAGGGAUCCGAUUCUUCCAGCUCUAUGUAUACAAGAACAGGAAAGUGGUUGAGCAGCUAGUGAGAAGAGCCGAGAAAGCUGGGUUCAAAGCCAUUGCACUCACUGUAGACACUCCAAGGCUAGGUCGCAGGGAGUCUGAUAUCAAGAACAGAUUCACUUUGCCUCCAAACUUGACAUUGAAGAACUUUGAAGGUCUUGACCUUGGAAAGAUGGACGAGGCCAAUGACUCUGGCUUAGCAUCAUAUGUUGCUGGUCAAAUUGACCGUACCUUGAGCUGGAAGGACGUCCAGUGGCUCCAAACAAUAACAAGCAUGCCAAUUCUUGUCAAGGGUGUUCUUACAGGAGAGGAUGCAAGGAUAGCUAUUCAAGCUGGUGCAGCAGGGAUCAUUGUGUCAAACCAUGGAGCUCGCCAGCUUGACUAUGUCCCAGCCACAAUCUCAGCCCUUGAAGAGGUGGAGAUCAUUCUCAACUACAAACAUCAAUUUCUUUUUUGAAGAAGUGUUUAUGUACUACAAUUUCCAUCACUGUGACACUGUCCAUCAUGUGUUCAGGUUGUUAAAGCGACACAAGGACGAGUUCCUGUCUUCUUAGAUGGUGGUGUUAGACGUGGCACGGAUGUCUUCAAGGCACUUGCACUUGGAGCUUCAGGAAUAUUUAUUGGAAGACCAGUGGUAUUCUCUCUUGCUGCUGAAGGAGAAGCUGGAGUCAGGAAAGUGCUUCAAAUGCUACGUGAUGAGUUUGAGCUAACCAUGGCGUUAAGUGGGUGCAGGUCUCUCAGUGAGAUCACACGUAACCACAUUGUCACAGAGUGGGAAAUUCCACGCCAUUUGCCUAGGUUAUAGAGGCAAAAACAAAGAAACAGAGAACAGCAAUAACACAGAGCUAAACCUAAUGAGAUUCUGAUUGGUGACUUGGCUUCUACGUUACCAUUUAUCUCAAAAACUUGUUUUCUUGCUGUAUUGAACUUACAAAAACAAUGACUGGAGAUUCUGUGUACUGCUAUUUGGCUACUUCUAUAGCUUCAGUCCAUUUUUCAUCCUUGUAGCAAUGCUAUUUGGAGAUUCUAUGUAAUGCUAUUUUUGGAUUUUUAGAACAUUUCUAUUGGUAAUAUUUCAAUAAAAUUUCAAAAAUAUAUAUUAUUAUCUCUUGUAAAGAUUUUCUU